AUGUCUGCAAAGUUGAGAGAGUUGCCAGCACCUCUUCCACAAACCUCAGUGGAACCUGACGAGAUUCUGAUAGUGAAGAUGGAAGAGGAACAGCAGGCCUGUGAUCAGGACCCCAGCCUCCACUGGAGCAGCUGCUACAGCCCGGAGACCUUCCGCCAGCGGUUCAGGCAGUUUGGCUACCAGGAUUCACCUGGGCCCCGGGAGACUCUGAGCCGGCUCCGGGAGCUUUGUCGUUUCUGGCUGAGGCCGGAUGUGCACACCAAGGAGCAGAUCCUGGAGCUGCUGGUGCUGGAGCAAUUCCUGGCCAUUUUGCCCAGGGAGCUGCAGGUCUGGGUGCAGAAGCAUCAGCCAGAGAAUGGAGAGGAAGCAGUGACUGUGCUGGAGAUUGCAGAGAGAGAGCUUGAUGGGCCAUCAGAGCAGGUCUUAUUUUUUGGACCAAAAGAGGACAUGUUUGCAGAGAAGCUAGCACCUUGGCUAGUAACUCAGGAGUUACCAAGUAGCCGGCUCAAACCCAGCAAGAAGCGGCUCCCGUGGGCAUCGUGGGAGCUCCACUCCUUAAGACAAAAUGAUGGAGAUACCAAAGCUAGAAGUGUGGAAUCAGCUUCAAGGCAAAAGACUUCUUCAGGCAUAGAACUGCAUUACAAUGUUUCUAACACCCUUCGUAUGAAUGCUUCCCAGAGUUUCACAUAUAGAGGAAGCUGCAAACAAGAUGACAGACUUGAAAGAAGACAGGGAAACCCCUCUCGAAAAAAACAGCACAAAUGUAAUGAAUGUGGCAAAAACUUUAGUCAGAGCUCAGCCCUUAUUCUACAUCAGAGAAUCCACAGUGGGGAGAAACCUUAUGCGUGCGAUGAGUGUAAAAAGGCUUUUAGCCGAAGUGCAAUCCUUAUUCAGCAUAGAAGAACCCACACCGGGGAAAAACCCUACAAGUGCCACGAAUGUGGGAAAGCCUUUAGUCAGAGCUCAAAUCUUUUCAGACAUAAGAAAAGACACACUAGAGAAAAACUCCCAUCACAUAUAUGUGAUGAAUGUGGAAAACACUUCAGUCAGGGCUCAGCCCUUAUUCUUCAUCAAAGAAUUCACAGUGGGGAGAAGCCCUACGGAUGUGUUGAGUGCGGGAAAGCAUUCAGCAGAAGUUCCAUCCUUGUGCAACACCAGAGAGUCCAUACUGGAGAAAAACCUUAUAAAUGUCUUGAAUGCGGGAAAGCCUUUAGCCAGAAUUCUGGGCUCAUUAAUCAUCAGAGAAUCCAUACUGGGGAGAAACCUUAUGAAUGUGUUCAGUGUGGGAAAUCCUUCAAACAGCAUUCCUCUCUAACACAGCAUCAAAGAAUCCAUACUGGAGAAAAGCCCUACAAGUGUAACCAAUGUGGGAAGGCCUUUAGUUUGAGGUCAUAUCUUAUUAUUCAUCAGAGGAUUCAUAGUGGGGAGAAAGCAUAUGAAUGCAGUGAAUGUGGGAAAGCCUUCAAUCAGAGCUCAGCCCUUAUUAGACAUCGGAAGAUUCAUACUGGUGAGAAAGCUUGUAAAUGUAAUGAAUGUGGCAAAGCAUUCAGUCAAAGUUCAUAUCUGAUUAUACAUCAAAGAAUUCACACUGGUGAGAAACCGUAUGAAUGUAAUGAGUGUGGGAAAACCUUUAGUCAAAGCUCAAAGCUUAUUAGACAUCAGCGAAUACAUACAGGAGAGAGACCUUAUGAAUGUAACGAAUGUGGAAAAGCUUUCAGGCAGAGCUCAGAGCUGAUUACCCAUCAGAGGAUACACAGUGGAGAGAAACCCUAUGAAUGUAAUGAAUGUGGAAAAGCCUUCAGUUUGAGCUCAAACCUCAUCAGACAUCAGAGAAUUCACAGUGGAGAGGAACCUUAUCAGUGUAAUGAAUGUGGCAAAACCUUCAAAAGGAGCUCAGCCCUUACUCAGCAUCAGAGAAUUCACUCUGGGGAUGAAGCUUAUAUAUGUAGUGAGUGCGGGAAAGCUUUCAGGCACCGAUCAGUCCUUGUGCGACAUCAGAGAGUCCACACUGUAGAGUAACUUAUGAAUACGAUCACUAUUGUAAAUAUUUUGGUCAGAUUUCUUGUCUGUUAGUCGAAAGCGUUUACUUUGGAGCAAAGUUCCAUAAAGGUUGUAAACUACUAGGUCUUCACUCAGUCUAACUUGCGACGUGUAGCUCUUCCCAGUGCUAAUGAAAGUUGACCCUUAAAAGCUUUUUCUGUGACUAAUGAGAAUGACAGCUGGGAGAGCCAUUAGUUUCAGCUUUUUUAUUACCAUUAAGAAUACUCAGGAAAUAGGAAUGUAACAUUGAAACCUCACUUUCCAUCAGAAUAUCAUGAAAAAGAUUACAGUGACCCAGACUGCAUUGCUAUAUCUUAUUGUCAGUGUGCCAGGGCUGGGAUGAUGUGGACAGCAUGAGGGAUUUUUUGUCACUCUCAGGAUCUCAAAAAACAUUUUAAUAUCCCAAAUAAGUACAGUGACACGGCAACAACAAAGAUGGAGAAACAGGGUCUCAUCGAUUAUUUGUCUAGCCCAGGGAAGGCCAGAAACUAGGAGUGAGAAGAAAAAACACAAAUUAAUUCAGUGUCUGCCAGGCACUAGGGAUACAACGGAAAAUGAAACAUACUCUACAGUCUAAUGGAAAGGGCAGUCAGGCAAGCAAGGACACUACAGUGUGAUCAGUGCUGUGACUCAAAGGAGAAGCAUCUGUCCCAGGCUUGGAUCAGGGAACGCUUCUUGGAAAAACGUCUUGAGGAUGAGUAGGAGUUAGCCAUGGGGUAGGCCAGGGAAGACUUUUCCCAACAAACAGAAGGAACAAAGCCUAGGAAGAGAAAGUGGCACAUCUGCAAAGUAAAAAUAUAAGGCCACUUUGUAUGAAGUUCUUUUGCAGUGGGGUCAUGUUUAAGAGAGGGAUGGUGCCAGAAUCUUUUAAGUAGUGCCUGUAUCAUAAUAUGGGCCGAUAGAGAAGUUUCUGUUAAUACAGUAAAACCAAGAGCCCUUGGACCAUGAGGUGGUGAG